UAUUUACUCAACGGCUCAUAUCUCGUCGGUGAGUGAGAGAGAGAGAGAGAGAGAGCAUAGGUUGGAGAUGGGUGCAGCUUCCCACCUCUCGUCUUCUCUGCUCUUCCCAUCCCUCAUCCCACGUCCCAUUCCCGCCAAAAUCAACGGCCAAAACACCAUAAACUCUAGGUCAGCUGGAUUUCAUGUCAGAUCCAGUUUGGAAGAUGACAGCUGUACUCAGAGGGACCCUGAUCAUUCAUCAGAAACAUUGAAAGUGAAGGAAUCUCAGCCAUCAGUUUCAAGACGCUGGUGUCUAUGUACAACUUUAGCUUUGAUAAAUGCUUCUGGAACUUUCGGUUCUGUUCCCAAGGGGACUGCUUUGGAAAUGAUGGAUGGUUCCCUUGCGAAAGAAAGACCCGUUUGUCGAAAUUGUGGGGGUACUGGUGCUAUAAUCUGUGAUAUGUGUGGUGGUACAGGAAAAUGGAAAGCACUCAACAGAAAACGAGCAAAAGAUGUUUAUGAGUUUACAGAGUGUCCGAAUUGUUAUGGCCGAGGGAAACUAGUGUGUCCGGUUUGUUUGGGGACAGGUUUACCCAAUAACAAGGGUCUUCUUCGAAGGCCCGAUGCACACAAACUUCUAGAUAAGAUGUACAAUGGCCGCCUCUUACCAAACUCUUGAGUAAGUCUCCUCCUAUCUGUUUUUAACAUGGUCUAAGAAAUUCACAUUAUUGUUACAAUUGAUAUUCAAUGUUGUAAAAGGAAAAUAGCUUUCGGGUUGAUCCUUGUAUCUUGGAGUGGGGUAUGGAUCUUGUAGCAUCAAUACUCCAUGUUUUUGUUUCAGCUUACUCACCAGAGGAAAUUACACACAAAUAGCUGGUAAAUAUUCCUCAUUUCGGGUCA